CCACCACACACACACACCCCUACCCCUGAACUGGGGGCUCUACACAUCCCUUAGGCAGGGGUAGGAUGGUCGUGGCUCACGGCCACAGGAUCGCUCCCUAUAGGAACCACAAUCGGGCAACUCUUUCCAAAGUGGCACCAUUGCAACAUCAGGAAAUAAAAAGGGAGCUGAAAAUGCUGCACAGCGUUGGUGAUUAAACCCUUAAUAAUAUAGUAGACUUAAUAAUGCGGUAGACCGGGUAAUCUUUUGGCAUCUAGCCGAUGGAAGGAGAACCGAGAAGAGGUUGGCCCACAGAGUAAACCUGUUGAAUCCACACACUAAGAGAUCUACUUAGAGACCUGCAUUUCCCAACUGGACAUAAACCUGUUUUAGAAGGCGAGGAUCCAACGUUGCCUUGUGUCCCUGCCUUAUUAUCCUUGUAGGUGUCUCCAUAAUGGGAAGAGAAGGCCGGCCUCCCCUUAUCAAUCCCAUUUAUUUUUCCCUGGAUCAGCCACCGGACUCUUCACAGCCUCUGUGAACAGUUUGGAGGAGGAGGAGAGGAGGAGAGCAUCUUUCUGCCCCAUACCAGGCGCCAUGAGGUCCCUCUGGAAGCGCCUGGGCUGCCUCCUUGUUGGGACCGCUAUCUACCCAGCCAUCUUCCUGGUCUCGGUCAUCAUCCAGUAUGCCCAAACGUCGCUUCCUCCUGCAAUUGAACAACAGUGGAAGCUCCGUUUCUGCCAGACGGUCUUCAUCUCGGGCAUCAUUUUAGGAAUUGUGUUGGAGGAGCUGGGUUUCAGCAGUUUCCCUGAAAUCUUACGGAUAUUCGUUAACGGAAUCCCGGCGUGCAGGGAUCCGGCCCUCGUCAUUCGGGACCAGAAAUUUGACGGAGUGCCGGUGAGGAUCUACUCAUCCAAAACAGUGCCAGCUACGAAAAGAAAAGCGAUGGUUUACUUCCAUGGGGGCUGUGGCAUUUUCGGAAGCUACGAUACCUACGAAAGAUUCCUGUGUCACGUUGCCAAAGAGGGGGAAGCAACGGUCAUCGCAGUUGGAUAUGGAGUUGGGCCGGAAAACCCUUACCCAAACCAGCAUGCUGAAUGUCUAAAGGCCACCAUCUUCCUCCUGAAACACGCCGAAGAUUACGGGGUGGACAGCUCCCGUGUUAUCAUUUCUGGAGACAGCUUCGGGGGGUUGUUAGCCGCCCACGUUUGCCAGUUACUGGUGGAUCGGUGUGAUCUUCCCAAGGUCCACGCCCAAGCCUUGAUCUACCCAGUGCUGCAGGCUCUGGAUAUGACCUUGCCGUCCUACCAGCAGAACUGCAGAAGUCCCAUCUUGUGGCGCAAACUGGUGGCCUUCGCCUGCUGCCGAUACUUCAACAAGCCAACUUCCUUCGUGAACGGUCUCCUGAAGAACAGCCAUGUCCCGGAGGCCACCUGGCUGAAGUACCAGAAGUGGGUCGACGGCAGCCUUAUCCCCGAGGAGUUCAAGGUCAGAGGCUAUACACCGCAAGAGCCUCCCGGGGCUAAUUUCAGCCCUCAGCUCUACGAAGAAAUGAAAAUGAUGCUCACAGCGCCUUGCUUGCCCUUGUGUGCGGACGACGGGGUGAUCUCCAAGCUCCCUCGGACCUUCCUUUUGACCUGCGAGUUUGAUGUCCUUCGCGAUGACGGGCUGCUGUACGUGAAGCGGCUGACGGACAACCGUGUGCCGGUCACCUGGAGCCACAUAGAGAAUGGCGUGCAUGGCGUUCUCGUGUUCUUUGACUAUCGCCUCCUGUCGUUUACCUUAGCCAACAGGAUUGCACGCGACGUCAGCAAGUUUAUCAGAGGCUUGUGAGGGGCAAAUUAAACCUAAGAAUUAAUCUUCUUCCUGAAAUGCAGAGAAUUCAGUGGCCCAGAUUUAGGAAAAACUGGUUAAAUGCUGGUUAAUGAACCCCAAACCAGGGUCCUCCUCAUCCAAACGCAGCUCUUAAAAUCAAGCCGAUUCUCUGGUUCAUAAGAACUCAUGAAGGAAGAUGAACUUUCACGGGAAAAUUUUCAAGCCCUCCUAAAUGCAACUUGGUGUAGACCUCACGGGAUUUCCAAUUAACAGAAUAACAAGCGUUGGAAGGGACCUUGGAGGUCUU